AUGGAUACGAAACCUAUCAGUCAGCCUCACAGGGCAGUUGAGACGAGCCGGGCUUCGUACAGCGAAGCUCUGGAGAGCGCCUACAUUCCUACAUCGGUCUCCUCCGUUCCUGUAACUCGGGAGAGGAAGCCGUUCCGCCUAUCGAGGAAUGAAAAGCAGCUACCCGACCCAGGUACUGCGCGCGUAAACAUUGCGGCGAGUCGGGAAUCACCCAGAGGGACAACGGCUAAUGAUUGGGCUGCUCGCCAUUCGAACCAAACGGUAUUGCAACAACACUGCAACUUCUUUGACUUCGACGGUGACGGGGUUAUAUACCCAUCGGACACAUUCAGAGGAUUCUGGAAGCUCGGGUUCGGAUUUUUGCUAUCCCUGCUUGCGGUGUUCAUCGUCCAUGGAAACUUUUCAUAUCCAACGGUCAACUCUUGGCUGCCUGACCCCUUUUUCCGAAUAUAUAUUGCGAAUAUCCACAAAUGUAAGCAUGGGAGCGACACAGGUGUUUACGACACUGAAGGGAGGUUUAUCCCACAGAAGUUUGAAGACAUUUUCUCCAAAUAUGCAGAUGGCAAUGACUCCAUGUCUCUAUGGCAGUUAGCCUAUGCGCUCAAGGGUCAGCGAUUGAUUGCAGACCCAAUUGGCUGGUUUGGUGCCUUUUUUGAAUGGCUAGCAACGUACAUUCUUCUAUGGCCGGAAGACGGAAAAUUAAAAAAGGAGGACAUCCGUGGUGUUUACGAUGGUAGCGUCUUUCACGCAAUUGCUUCUAGGCGAGCGGCGAAGUAG